AUGGCUGCCGGAAACGUGGUGCAGUCAAGAAUCUGGGUACGAAGAUCGGAGGGAACCGGAGAUGGACAAGAGACGAAAGCGUCAGGAGGACGGAAGGGAGGAUCGGCUGUGGCCAGGGUGAAAGUAGGCAAAGGCCGCCGCAACGGAAAACGAUUGGAAAGGAGACCAGAACCGUGGACGAAACGACAUGGUGCACAGGAUGAGAGGGAAAAUUUGGUGGCAGCCCGGUGCCAACAACCCCGGCCCAGACGGGUUGGGAGGCGUAGGCGGGAGUCUCAACCAAGGCCGGCUGCUGCGGGUCGUGUGGAGGCACGGGUGCCCCAGCAAGAGCGAAGUGGUGCGAUUGUCGAGUAUAUGCGGCCGAGGGCACCGAUACCCCGGUGCCAGAAAUUCCAUCAAGAAACAAAUUCUGCAAUUGCUGAGGUUGAGCAGUACAGGGCACCGGCAGCCCAGUGCCAGGAGCCCCAAGGGGACAGAGCUGCUGUGGAUGGCCAGGAAGAGCAGGAAGUGGCACUGACAUCCCAGUGCCAGGCGGUCCAACAUGAGCGGGCUGCUCAAAUUGAGGAGGGAGAACAGUCAAGGCAACACAACGUCGAGAAUCCCAGGUCAGGUGAGCUGGCGGGAGUGGGAGGGCGCCACGACACAUCAGACGCCUCAGGCAAACCUGACCUCCGCGGCUGGUGGGACCGAGUUUGUUCCAGUUACGAACUGUCGAGGCAGCUGGAGCCUCCAGUUGACUUGUGCUCACCGCCUCCCUGGAGCCACCGCACGCUCACAAAGAAGUUGUCCUCGCUCCUGACUGUGAGUGACGGAUCGAAAAAAGUCCCCGCUGACCAGAUCAGUGUCUCCUCUUCUGGAUCCAGUGGAUCUGAGCUGGAGGAUCUGUCAUCCCCAAACUCAGCGUGCUCCAUUAGACUGCAGUGCUUUCAUAGCUCUUGCAACAAUGUGUCAGAGGCCUUCUCCUCUUCCUCGUCCUGCUCCUCCUCCUCCUACCCCUGCUCCACCGCAGACUCCUCUCCAGACUCCCCCUCUUCCUCCAGCUCCUCCUCCGCCUCAGACCGCCGGACCGAUCUCUGCUCUUCUGCCACGUCCUGCGGCGGCGCUCGGCCGAAGCCCUCUCCGGCUUCCAUCCACAAGCGCUCAGUGUCCAUGACCUCGCUGCCCGUGUACAACCGUCAGGUGGCCGACUCGUGUAUCGUCAGGGUGAGCGUGGACUUGGGACACAGCAACGGCAACUUAUACAAAAGCAUCCUGCUGACCAGCCAGGAUAAAACUGCGCAGGUGAUCCAGAGGGCGUUGGAGAAGCAUCACCUGGAGCACCUGAACUGGCAGGACUUCUCUCUGACGCAGGUCAUCUCUCAGGGCAGAGAUUUGCUCAUGCCAGACAAAGCCAACGUCUUCUACGCCAUGUCCACAACAGCCAACUUUGACUUUGUUUUACGCCAAUUCCCCAAAGGCCAGAAGAAACCACUGAGGGCCACCAUGAGUCUGGGGAGAUUCACAAAGUAGAGCCAAAACUGGACCUGGAGGAUGAACUGAACCCACGGGACACUCUGUGAAAAUCCUCGUUUAAUGGUUGUUUUAUAAGAAAAGUUUGUUCUCCGAGAUGGUCCAUCCUUUGUUUGGAUACCAGAGAGGGGAACAUUUUUAUGGUAAUGGACCGAUUAUGCAAAAGCACUUUAUGAAGAAGAGGAACACUCGCCUCGACCGAAACUGACAGAGCUCAAAGAAAUUUCUGUUUGGAUCCUUAAAAAAAGGAAAAAAAAAAAGAAAGAAUAAAUCCAUUCCUCAACGUCACGUGAUUUACGCAGCCCGGUCGCCAGAGGCUAAUGAAGGUGUUGUGCGUUUCCGCAAACAAGAGAAACAUGUACAUUUGUACAUUUCACACGAGUCAUAAUGAAAGUGAGCUGGUCUGAGUUUCAUACCAACAAACAACAAAAGCAGUUUGUUUGGUUUUCUUUUUUCGAGAAAUUGCUGCAUUUCCAGCUGAUUCUCAGCCGUAAAUAUGGGUGAUUUUAAGUGAGCCAUCGCUGCGUCUCCUGCCAGCAUAGUGCCACGACAAACUUAUGUUUUUUUUUUACCAAGAAACCACUGUUUCUUUCCAGGAUAAUGUCCCAAAAAAAAAAAUGCUUUUCAUAAGAUGGCAGCACAUUUUCUGCCAGAAUUGUGCCAAGAGAUUCAUUUUUAAAAAAUUUUCAUCCAAGAUGUCACUGCAUUUCCUGUAAGGAUAACGCCACAAAAAAACAAUUAUUUUUUACUGAAACAUCACUGCAUUUCCUGCGGGAUCGUGUCAUGAAAAGCGGUUGCUAUGGAGAUAUUGCUGCAUUUCCAGUGUCUUUUCUAGCAACCAAAUAUAGGUGUUUUUUAGUGACUUGUUUGCAUGACAACCAGACAUAGUGACACAAAAAGCACUUUGUUUUUUUUACCAAGACAUCGCUGCAUUUUCUGCAGGAUAGUGUCACGAUAGCAGAUGUUUUUUUAAAAAAAGACGUUUUUCUGGUCAGUUAUCUUUUUACUGAAAUAUUACUGCGUUUUCUGAGGGAUAGUGUCAUGAAAACUGGUUGUUUUUUUACUGUGACAUAUUUGCAUUUCCUGUCAGAAAAGUGCCACAAAAAUUGUUUGUCUUUAACAAUAUGUCACUGUGUUUCCUGCCAGGAUAGUGCCACAAGAAGCAAUUAUUUUUUACCAAAACAUUGCUGCAUAUCCUCCAGGGUAGCGUCACGAAAAGUGUUUGUUUUUGACUGAGAUAUUACUGCGUAUCCUGCCAGGAAAGUGCCACAAAAACUUUUUUUGUACCUAACCACAGCAUCGUGGGAAUGUAAAGCGUCAGUGUAUUCACUUCAUAAUAACAAAUGUAACAUAUCUGUGGUUUGCAGAAUCGUAUAACGCCAACAUGUAUUCUGUUGACUGGGUUGUUUUGAGGGCAUGAGCAGCUUUGAAAUGUCAACACGUGCCACAUCCGUGACCUUUUUAAACAGGAACAUUGAGAAGUGACACAGCUGGGAGCCAUUAAUAACCUGCGUGUUAUAAAGGGAAUGGGGGUCAGACGCUGUGUGAAGGACAGACUGUUGAUGAUAAACUCCCAGCGCUCCUCAGCAGGCCGUCAGCCUCUUGAGAUGAGCUCACCCGGUGAGGAGCGGGUGAAGAUGUUCACAGCAGGGAUCACUCUGUACCCGCGUGAGUUUUGGCCCGGCUCUUGCGGCGUUGCUGAGAUACUCAUCGUGUGAGGGGAGGCGGCUCGACUGGAAGGAUGGCAUUCCUGAGCCGCGGUCUCCAUGGCAGCAGCAGGAGAGACUUUGCUGGACGGGACGGGAUGUGCACAUGCGAGCGUCUGCUGUAUCUAGAUGAGACGACAAUACGGGUGAACUGUGGUGUGUGUGCUCUCAGUGUUGGUGCAAUUUGACUUUUAGUGUUUUUUUUCUAAUGUUUUGUAUUUAUUUCCACUGUGGUUCACUUUAAUCGCACCUUUAUCAGAUUAACACGUGAUGACUCACGAGAUGGAAAAAAAGUCAACUUUUUUUUUUGAAACGGCUUUGGUUAGUGAAGUUAAAAUUUUAAAGAUGUCUUGUUUUCUGUUGAAUACAGAGAAUAUUUAAAUGUUAACAGUCCGAAUUAAAAAAAAAAAAAAUUGUAUGUGAUCGAUUUGGUUCAGACUGGUGAGGCCAAGAUGUAACUGGUGCUUAAAUGGCUUAAUUUAAAGCCAGAUAAGGAGUUUAGAUUUAAUCAUUUCAAUGACGUCAGAUGACGCAGAGACUCUCAUUAUAAAGCUGAUAGGAUCAUAUUUCUAACAGUUAAUGCUCCGGGGAAAAUUUACAAGAGGAGGAAUCACACAUUGUACAGACAGAAUAAAAUGACAAGUUUGAUCACUCUGAGGUCCUGAGCUCAGGGGCCAAACGGAGCUGCUGAGGAGAGAAACAAGACUUUUAGUAAAGAUUCUCUCACAAAAACCUGCUUUUUGUUCACUCUUGGGAUUAUUGGAGAGAACGCCACAGCUGUAAAACAAAAAGAAAUAAACUGUUUUUCAAAUCUCAUCCCACACUGUAUUGAAAACUUCCAAAUAAACACUUUUUAGUUUA